AUGGCCGCUCUGCCCCCACAGCCUAGUGGGAAGGCAGCGUCACCAGGGGUCACACAUGUCACCCCCCCUGUGCCAGCUCCCUUGCCCCUUGCAAUAAAGAAACAACCAAGUGUCACCUCUCCCCAAUUGCCUCCGCUGCCCCCAGCCCCUCCUGGCCCCACUCCCCCCCCAACCUUCCCAAAGCAGCAGAGUUUCUCUGUGAAGCCUCCUCCAUCCCCUCAGUCACCAGUACCGUCAGUGGUGAAACAGAUAGUUAGCCAGUUCCCACCUCCUCCCACCCCACCUGCCACUGAGCCCCAGCCUUUGAAACCCCUUCCACUGAGUGUGGCUCCACAGUCACCUCCAGCAGUGAAGGCAAAGCCCAAAUGGCAGCCCACUUCUGCUCCCUCACCAGAUUUCCCCCCUCCUCCACCAGAGAGCAGCUUAGUGUUUCCUCCUCCACCUCCUUCCCCAGCUUCCUCUGCAGGUUCUCCCCCCCCUGACAAAUCAGGGUCUCCAGUCAAAAAGGCCAGCAAGACAUCAAGCCCUGGAGGGAAGAAACCACCUCCAACACCUCAGAGGAACUCCAGCAUCAAGUCCACCAGCUCCACUGAGUACCAUGAGUCCAAGAGACCUUCAGUGGACCGCCUUGUCAGCAAAUUUGCACACCCACCAGAGCCGUCAGGGUCUCCUUCCAAGGAGUCAUCGCCUCCUGCAGCCCCUCCAAAGCCAGGAAAGCUCAACCUUUCUGGGGUGAACCUGCCCAUUGUCCUUCCACAAGGAGGGGUCACAGCCAAAGCUCCUGCUCCGGGUGUGUCUGGGAAGGAACCUGUAGUCGAAUUCCCUUCACCACCAUCCGAUUCAGACUUUCCACCACCACCACCUGAAAUAGAUCUUCCUCUCCCACCAGUUGAGAUCCCAUCCGUGUUUUCAGGCAGUACUUCCCCAAAAGUUGCUGUUGUCAAUCCUCAGCCUCAGGCAUGGUCAAAACCAUCUGUGAAAAAAGCCCCACCACCCACACGUCCCAAGCGGAAUGACAGCACUCGGCUGACGCAGGCAGAGGUCGCAGAGCCACCAGGGUCAGCCGGCCCUCAAGUGCCCACUUCACCCAAGUCCAGCCUUAGCGUUCAGCCGGGAUUCCUGGCAGACCUCAACCGGACACUACAGCGGAAAUCCAUCACCCGGCAUGGCUCCCUCUCCUCCGCUCGGAUGUCCCGAACAGAGCCCACAGCCACCAUGGACGACAUGGCCCUGCCUCCGCCUCCACCAGAGCUGCUGGCUGACCAGCAGAAGACAAGCAGCUUUGGGGGCGCUCAUAUAUCUGGCUAUGCAACGUUACGGAGGGGGCCUCCCCCUGCACCUCCCAAAAGAGAUCAGAACACCAAGCUGUCGCGGGACUGGUAGUUGGUCCCCAGGGGCCGGUGCUCUCCAUGGCUUGUGGGCUGCUCCGUGAUUGGCCAACCUGUGAUCUUGCGCACUUGGAGAGAACGUGGGGACACAGAUGAUAGCCCCAUCAAAAGAGGUGAUCUCAAACUGUAGCUAAGGCUAAAUGUAAAGACAUUCCCCUUUUAUGGCUAGGCCAAAAAGGCUGUGGGCUUGGGGUGUUGAUAUUUUACUGGGAAAGGUGGGUAGAGAGGCAUUGACUUAUCCUUUCAGUUUCUUUUGCCCUUCAUAUGGACCAAACCCCCAUUUUCUUACCUUUUCUGCAUUUAGGGGAGGGGGGGGAGAUAAUUUUUUGUAGUGUUUGUCCACGUGAGACAUGUUUGUGCAUGUAUUAUAAGUAUAGGUAUAUAAUAUAUUGUGAUAUAUUUCGUCGCAAUUAGAGAAGAUAACCAGAAUGUUUUUGUAGAACCGUAUUUAUUGUUUCAGUCACUAUAUUAUCUGGAAUCGGACUCUGUAACUAGUCAAAUCUUACCAUAAAGAUGAAGAUGGAGGGGGCACUUUAAAGAAAGGAAAAAAACAAACUACAAAACCCCACAAACCUCUUGGCAGUUUGUGGUGGGUAAAUGGUGCAGAGCUGCGGUGUUCUGCUAGUAACUGUACACUGUCCAUUGAUUGAAAAGUACAGAUGCAACAUACCAAAACAUUCUGGUCCUAAUACUACUGAAAAUGAGUAUGUUCUGAGGAAGAAAAUAGAUUUUGUAUAUAGUGGGCUGGAGUGAAAUAUAUUUAUACUAUAAAGAGCCUCCCCCUCCCUUUCAUAUAGUUUAAAAAUAUACACUGCUACAAAUUAUUUCAAAGUUAAUUGUCCAUGCAGUAAUAGGAUAAAUAUAUAUUAUUCCAAUCCAUUAUGCAUUCUAACUUUAUAGUAGGCUCGAUCAUUUGUUUCUGUGGCUCAAGAUGAAUAUAUUUGUGUUAACCCCUUCUGAAAGCUGCCAGGACUCCUGCAAUCGAUGCCAACCUACAAGGCUGACCCAUGCCGAUACAUCACCUGUACGUGUAAUUCUUUCCCUCAAUGAACAGGUAGGUUUCUGUAGAGCAUACAAAGUCUCACCUUGUCUGUGCCUGACAAGGUGUAUUAUCUUUAUAGAAACAAGUGUGUGGAAACAUUUAAAGAAAGUUUUCUUUGUAAUUCAUUAGAAACUGUAGGAAAAUUUUCCCUUUUAGAAAGAGAGAAGGGAGUUGUCAUUCCAGGCCAAGCACAGUGGGAAUUCUCUCUCUUUUCUUUGACCCACCAGAGACUGCGACCAAUGCAUGAAUCUGUUAAUUACAAAGUUGCACUUGUAGCAGUCAAGGGAGAAGACUGGAAAAAAACCCAAACUUGAGAGGCAGUAGCAUUUCUAGUAAUUUAAUUUAAGAGCCCAUAUGAGUAGGAAAUAGACUAUUGCAUUUGCUUUGGUUUUUUUGUUUGCCUCCAAUUCACUGUCAAUCACCAAAUUAAGUACUAGAGUCCAUUUUCUUGUAUGUCAGUAGCUGGAUUGUACAGUCUUACCCACAUAUUUGGGUGUUGUGAUAAGGUAGUGUAGUUAGCGUAAGUGGUCUUAUGUAUCAUGCAUGUUCAUCACAGGGUACACAGCCUUUGUAAAGCAACUAGGACUCUACCUACCCCAUCUUUGGUUGUUACAACUUCUCUCAUCACCCUGAGGAUACUGUCACGCGUAGAUGGCAAAUGGUGUUACUGUUUGUUGACCUGUUCUCCGAAAGCAAAUUUUAAAUGCUUUCCUUCCCCCAAAGAAUGAAACAAAGGAAGCGGCUUGACCUGACAGUAUCCUCUAGCAUGUAAAAAAGAUGUAAAUUAAUCUCUCAUUAGAGUAAUUCAGGCUGAUAGAUUUCAGAAUUAUUGUGACAGUGUCCCCCAUUCCUUUUUUUUUUUUUAUAAAGUGUUUUUAAAAAAAUCCAAAUAAUAAAAUAAAUGUCUUUGUGAAUAAUUUAUGAAUAGGAAAAAAGCUUUCUAAUUAGAGGGGAAAAAAUGACACAUCUAUAACUAUAUAGUUUUAAAUAAUGCAUCAUGAAAAGAGAAAAAUUAAUGGUGCUGUCUCUGCUGACCUGUUUCAUAUGAUUUUUUUAAAAUCUGUUUCAGCACCUCUGGAAAUUGUUUUAAUAUUUCAGAGUUUUUUUGAGCAAUAAGAGUAUAUACCAUUGUGUGCAUUUUUAAAGCACUGCUAUGGAAAGGCACUUUUUUGUAUCUUUCAAAUUAUUCACAAAGUUUUGUUUCUACUAUUUUUGUGCUUAUAAAGUGUCCUUAAAAGCAUUUGCAUUGUUGAUUUUAAGCAUGCUCAGUGUAGCUGGCUAAUAACUUCCCAGGAAGCUGUUUAAGCUAUACUGCAAUUCAUGGGUGCUGUAAUUUUCAACAUUGGUCCUCCUGCUGCUUUUUACUGCACGCAGCUCCUGGGGCUCAUACCCACCAGUGGGGCAAAAGGUGCACAGACAGAGUCAUAACUCCCCAGCUGUUAUUGAUGACAGGCAGGUAAGGGGACACCUUCUCCUACUCCCUGGCAAGAUGCAUCUGGGCUGAUGCAGUGCGUGCUGCUAGAUGAGAGCAGUCAGGGAAUUCUGCUUGCCCCAUCUGUUUUUCUUUUCCCUCCAAGAUGACUUCACUGGUGUGUGUCAGGUCCAGCGCUUUUUCUUUUGUUCGUUUAGUGCGGGUACCUCUGGGCUUUGGACUCAGCAGAGCAAUGUUUUGAGUGCAAUCGCUCCAGAGGCGUUUGAGCUUUGUUCUCUCUUUCCUGUGCCCAAGUUCAUUUACCCAGUAUCUCUCCCCAGACAAGGAAUCCACGUUUACUACUGCGAGCUGCUACGAGCGAGGCUUGCUGGGAGACAGAAGUUUAACUCUUAAGUUUGCAGCAAAAAGAAUGAGUGUCAGCAAAGGUGGCACCCUGUAUUCCUUCUUGUUACAACUAACGUCCUCAGCCAGUAGUGAUACAGAAAUACAGUGAGUGGCUGCAACUUGCUUUCUCUCAACCGAGCACUGAAAUUUGGCUACAGUGUGGUUCAGACAACCUGGUUGCCUUUUCAGCUUAUGAGACCCCUCAUUGUAACUUGCUUUCCCAGUGUAUUUACUGUUUUUGUGACAGUAAGUAUUUAUGCCUUAUUUGCAAGUAAGUUAUUUUCCCCCGACUGCACUGGUCUCAUAAUUGCACCAUGUAUUUAUCUAAAUCAGAAAACAAAGGGGCCAGAUCUCAGACACGCAGCAAGAAGCUUCCUGCUACAAACAUGGGCUGUAAUCCUUUUGGCAUUAUUAAAAUGAGCACGUGAGAGCUGAGCUUUCAUACUCUGGACACAAAGCUAGCAGAUGCUUUGAUCCCAAAAUACCACAGCUGUAGUUGUGUUACAUGAUGAAGUGUAUGGCCUUUGACACUUGUUAAGGUGGGUGUUGGGUUAAACCCUGCUGCUGCAGAGGCAGCUGAGAGCAUACAGCUGCAUUUGUUAAUUUGUUCCAGAUUUGGUCUUCAUUUCCUGUCUCCUGUGCAGCAGUAGCAUCCACCUCGAGAGCAGCAGUGUCCCUCCCAUUUGACCAGGUUUCUCUGUGCCUGCAGCACAGGUGUAGACAGCAGAGAGGCAGUCUUCUCAGAUGCUUCCAUUGUAAUUCAGGUCCCCGGGAGUUGCUUUGGAAGGGAAAACUAGGCUUUUAUAUCAGCACUAAUCUUAUAGGAAGAAAUUAUUUUAAAAAUACUAAAAAACAAAGGUUCUAAACAAACCAUAGGUAACAUGUUUGAGGUGGAUAUGCUGGAGGUUCUGUUUAGUCUUUCAAAACCUGUGGUUUUGAUUAGGCAUAAGUCUCACAAUAAAAUAAUCCUGUUACUUUUUGUGGAAGAGGAAAGCUCCUGCUUCCCCCUGUGCAGUGAUUGCUUCCUGCAGCAAACCACCGCUUGCUCUGACUUGGUGUGGGACCUCAAAGCCAAAGAGCUCCUCUCCGGAACUUGCGCUGCAGUUUCCUACAGGGCGACAGUGACUGACUGGCACGUCAGGGAAACUAAGUGAAGGUACCUGCAUCGCUCUGGUUUCAGGGCUGAUGGGAGAGGGAGCAUUAACAAGUGCAUUUUAAGAUUUACUGUUAUAGACUUGCACAUUUAAAGAUUUUCUAAUUUCUUCUUUCUGUGCCCUUAGGCAACCAGAUAACUCAAAUCAGCUCAGAGAUAAAGUGUGGCCAGUUUUCCUCUGAGUUAAAAAUUAUUUUUUCCACAGUUAAAGGAACCAAAAGUGCCAUUUCAACAGCAGAAGGGCAAAAAAGAAUUUUCUGCUUCUUACAGAAAACUGCCUAGAACUAAGUUGUUUUACGUCAGUGGUACCGUUGCAGGUAAAUUUGUUUCUUAUUCAAUCUAAGAUUAUAAGUAGGUUUUACUAUGAGUAUUACUUCAAAUACAGAGUCAUGUUAAAAUCAGUUGCAUUCCAGGAAAGCAAUAUAAAUUCCUGACAGAAGGCAGUGGGGGAAUGCAGCCAGAAUGUGAGCUUGGGGUGGUUUUUUCCCUUUUUUCAUUGUUAGGGUGUAGAUUACAUACUUGUUGAAACAGUGCUCCUCAGUUGGAGGUGAGGAGAAUCUUACUUCUUUUGGGGGAGUGGCUCCUGGUGUUUAGCUUUGCAUUCCCUCCCAUCAUCAGGGCAGACUCCAAAACAGAGAGGAUUAACACUACAGGGGACAGUUUCUCUUAGACUUGUUUUUUGUAAUGUGCUGGUGGGUUUUAUGUUCUUAUUUUGAAAUUUUAAGUUUGUUUAAAGUUGAGUAAUUUUCCUUUUCAAGGUUUUUCGCCUUCAAUUAAAAAAACACCCAUGAAGACUGACAAAACCAGUUGCAGGGGUCAGCACUCACUAAUGCUGUGAUCCAAUGAGUCACAGGCUUUGUCUAGUUUUGGAAAGUUUAAGACACUAAACUGCAAAUGCGGUUACAAUACGUGCUUAUUCCCCACAAUGUAAAUGAACUGCCACUAACAUGGGAAAAUAGUACUUUGGGUUGAUGGCUAUUUUGUGCUCUGAGGCACUCAACAGGGCAAGGACUCAGUGAGCUCUCUGUUCAUCAGAAGCAUGUAUCACUGGUGAGGAGAACUAGAGAAGUUGGAAGAACAGGAGGAACAGGAACUAGUGUGAUAUGCACAGUCCCCCAUGGCAGGGAUUUAGUAUUGGAAAUGAGUGAGAAGGAACUUGAGGAACAGAUUUUUUAGACACUACUCCCACCCCACCCCUUAUUUAAAUGCUUAAAGGCAACUUGUCUUUUAGGAAGCUUAGGAAUUGAACCAACUGUUCCCUACAGUGGCAAACAGUUUCCUCCCACCUCUCCUAAGAUGCCAAAGAUGCAUUCAGAGCUAAAUUCCAGGUACGCGGAUGUGCUUGCACCAGCCUCUCCUGAGGCUGUUGCCAGGAGCUGAAAUGCAGCUGUUUGGCAAGAGACCAGGGCUGCCACUGUUAGAUGUGCAUCUCUUGCCUUUAGCCAGUGCUGGUGACCGGGUACACACCUGCAAGGGACAGGGGCAAAGGACAGUUUAGCAAACAAACCUGUGUCCAGGGCCCCCUGCUGCUGAUUUGGUGCAGCACUAUAAAGCUUGUACUUCUAAAAGGAAAAGUAAAUGCUUUGUCAGAAGUUGUAAUUGCAAAUCUUAGGUCCCCUUCUAGUGGGCUGCAAUGGACCAGAAAUUAACUGGAGCAGCAGUUUGUUUUAUGGCUUACACUAAUUGUUUGCAGCCACUGGUGAUAUUCUGUAUAAUACUGGGGAUGCAAAUGUAAGAAAAAAAAGUGUCAUUGCAAUGAUGAUUUGUCUGUGCAGCAAACUUGUGCUGAGUGCUGUAAAUACAUUCAUGUUUACUGCUUUAAAAAGAAAAUUGCACAUUUUAUCUUUCAAUGGGAUUGCCUCCCCUCUUCUUCCCUUUCCAAAAAGAAAAAUCAAAGCUCUUUUAGACUGAUAGCUUCAGGUUGGGGGGAGCUUUGCCAUAUUAUAAAUAUAUAUAAAUAUAUGUAUAAAUAUACUUUUUUAAGCAUGGGAGAGGACAAAAGAAAUACUACAUUAUAGAGUACCCGAUAUAGAUCAUUAUACAAUGGAAUAUGCACAAUUCAAUAAAGAUGUAGUUAAAUUUAAUAAUCUGUUUUAAUCCUCUGUCUUGGCAUUUUCAUUUUUCUUGAGUUCAGAACCCACACUGUGUUCUUAGGCAUCAGUGGUUCCCCUCUGUAGGGAUCAGAUAUCUGAUGGCCUACACGUUACCAUUUAUGUGCUCACUCUCAAUAAAAUUGCUUUUUAUUGUU